UGUGACAUUUAAUGAAACAGUCUGUAGCCUUCAUCAUUUGAGGAUGUACACUGUUAGCAAACUUUACUCCAUUACUAAACACCCACCAAACCUGCCGCGUUUAAAUUCCUUUAAAAGCUAGCCAAAAUGCAAAUUCAUAAGCAAGAAAGGGGUAUCUGUGAACUCAUAGAGCCAUGGCAAUUCACCUCGGGCUUCUGUGUGCUUCAGCAAUACUUGCUGUGUUGGUAUGUGUGGCAGCUCAGGGUGGGAGCUCACGAUUUCCAGCAAUAAUGGUGUUUGGGGACUCGACCCUUGAUCCUGGCAACAACAACAAUAUCAACACGCCUGCUAAGGCCAACUUCCCGCCUUAUGGUAGAGAUUUUCCUGGUCGUAUUCCCACUGGUCGGUUCACUAAUGGGAAACUCAGUUCAGAUUACCUUGCAUCUGCCCUGGGUAUUAAAGAUCUAGUUCCUGCAUAUCUAGAUAGGAGUCUCAGCUCGAACGAUUUGCUCACAGGAGUGAGCUUCGCCUCAGCUGGCUCUGGCUACGAUAAUAUGACCGCAGAGAGCGGAAAUGUGAUAGCAUUAUGGAAGCAAGUGCAGUAUUUCAGGGAAUACAUAUCUCGAAUAACAUCCAUUGUUGGGGCAGAGCGGGCGUCGAGUAUUGUGAGCAAUUCGCUUUACUACUUGGCUGCAGGGAAUGCUGAUUGGGGCGUUAGUUAUUUCUUCAACAUAGGAAAUGCUCAAAAUAACCGUGCUAUGAACUAUACCAUUCCUCAGUAUACAGAUCUUCUUAUUAACAGUGGUCUCGGCACCAUUACGGAUCUGUACAAUGCUGGAGCCAGAAAGUUCAUAGUAGCAGGGCUAUCCAUCCUGGGUUGCUCACCUUCAGAAAGAACAUUUCUUGCUGUAGCAGGGAGGCCAUGCAAUGCAAGAAUAAAUGAUGCAUCUGCAUACUUUAACAGACACUGGGCACCUGCUCUCUCCAACUUGGAGAGCUCACUGCCAGGAUCAACAAUUGUUUAUUCAGACAUCUAUGACAUUGUGGUGGAUGCUGUUGCAUAUCCUUUCAGAUAUGGGUUUAUUGAUCCAACGAGAGGUUGCUGUGGAACUGGUCUUGUGGAAGUGGGUAGAGACUGUGCAAGGGCUGCUGCAAUAUCAUGCCCAGAUGCAUCAAGAUUUCUGUGGUGGGACUCUGUACAUCCAACUUCAGCCAUGUAUGAGAUCAUUGCCAAUCUUGUUAUGCAACGAGAUGUGCCAAGGCUUCCCUAGACAAAUUCCAUGGGGAAAAUGAUGACCCCAUGAGAGGAUAUUUAUUAUCGUGUGUUUGCCAGCUUCUCUUUGUCAGGGUAUUUCUACCAAAACUAUUAUGCAGAUCUAAUUUCACCAGACAAAUGAAGAUCGCUUUUCCUGUAAUAAGGAAAUUUGUGGCAUUGCUCAGUAGAAUUUAUUAUUAAUUUAGACCACCUAGUUUUGUGCACUGCUUUUCCUGUAAUAAGGAAAUUCGUGCCAUUGCUCAGUAGAAUUUAUUAUAAUUUAGACCACCUAGUUUUGUGCACUGCUUUUCCUGUAAUAAGGAAAUUUGUGCCAUUGCUCAGUAGAAUUUAUUAUUAAUUUAGGACCACCUAGUUUUGUGCAAAA